AUAAACCUGAUAAUUGUUGUCUGUUGCAAAACGGAUGUAGCGUCAUUAUUGAUGAUAUUUGUGUAAAACAUAAAGGGAAAACUGACAUCGAAUUAAAAGUGCAACAAUUUUUAACUCCGCAGCCUUUUUUCGAUGUGCCAUGUGAUUCCCAAAUGUUAGGAAUAUCCAUCGUAAAUCCCGAUGACCUAUCUAAUUAUUUCUUUAUAAAAGAAACAGAUAUAAGUACAAAAUGUUUAUUAAUUCCGAUAGAAAAUGAUGCUGGAAAACAUGUUGUAAUACCUAUUAUUCAUACCCAUUAAAAAAAUAUCUUUACUAUAUAUUAUUUGUCAUGUUAUUUUUCAAUAAACCAUAAUACAUCCUAACUUCUUCAAAAUUUUAUUUACAGGAAUUACAAUGAAUAAAAACCAAAUGUACGCUAUAGUUAAGUUUCAAGAAAACAGUACUUUUUCUGAAGUACCAACAAAUUGGUUGGAAAGUAGUAAAAACGGAGUUAAAUGUUGGUGGCCAACCAAAAUUAAAAAUGUUACUUCAUCUAUUGCAAAUCGCUAUACACCUGAUAAAACAACAUGGGAUUUAUGUGACAUUGAAAUUGAACAGUUCUGUGACACUUGGGAAAAAGCAAGAAAAAUUGCUGAGGAUCCUACAUAUAAAACCACUGACGACGAACAGAUGGGAAAAGGUUGUCGCGUUAAAUAUGAUAACAGACACAGUUCAUCUUCAGAAUCUGAAAUUUCAAAAAACAUAUGUGCGAAAAAUAAAAAUACAAAGAAAAAGAAACAUACAAAAUCACUACGUAAAUAUCCUCUUGAAUUGAUGUAAUUGUAAAGUUAUUAUUUAUUAUAUUUUUUUAACAUGUUUAUGUUAUUCUAGCAAUAGUACGAAGUAAUAUUUCUAUUCCUUCGGGUCUCAAUCCAAAAGAUAUAAAAAAAUCAAGUGUUGUACUUUUUGAUGGAAAUGUUAAUGUAACAAGUGAAUUAUUGGUAAGACAAAAUUAUUCUUCUAAAUUUUACUCCUUAAACUGGUACAAUAGAUAUUUGCUUUCUGCUAGCGACACAAAUCGACAUAUAAGAGUCAUUCUAUCUUUAUUGCUCAUUGAAUAGUGAACAAGUUAGUUCCGCUUGGGACGUGGAGAGAACAGCACGUCUUCUAAUCUAGAAGAUAAAAUUUUUGAUCCUGCGGGGUUGCAUCAUCCCGCGCGAGGCCCGAUAGUCGAGCCCUUGCAUUGUAUAACAAAGCCAGAACGACCAUUUAUGU